AGCGACAACUUUCAUAUACUAGAAUACUAAGUCAGUUCGCGCUCGACGUUUCACUAAUGACGAACAAUUUUUCUCAAUAGUAGUUUACGUCGAACUCAAUGUAAAGUAAAGUUCUAUUUUCUUCCAUUUGACACAUGUGUUUUGAUAACUGAUCUAUAUUUAUCAGUGUCGUGAAAAUGGUCGAUAUCAACGUGCCUCUUACCAAUUUGUUGCAAAUGGCCGUGAAACUGGUGGCCCAUCGCAUACAACAAUAUCAGGCAACAACCAGUGAAACAACUAUUAUACCCACAAAGUACGGACAAGUUAAAGGUGUUAAACGGAAAACCGUCUACAACCACCAUUUUUAUGCCUUCGAAGGCAUACCAUACGCUAAACCGCCACUCGGUGAACUGCGCUUUCGGGCGCCACAACCACCCGAUCCGUGGACGGGAGUGCGUAACUGCACCAAGUUGGGAAAUGUGCCACUGCAAAAACACUUCGUGCUGGGCAUCACUCACGGCUCUGAGGACUGUUUAUAUUUAAAUGUAUACGCUAAAGAGCUAAAAUCUGCUAAGCCACUACCGGUAAUGGUUUGGAUCUAUGGUGGUGGCUUUCGUUUUGGUGAAGCUACACGUGAUGUUUAUGCACCCGAUUAUUUCAUGGAGAGAGAAAUCGUCUUAGUGACUUUUAACUAUAGGCUGGGUGCUUUAGGCUUCCUGUCGCUAGCGGAUCCUGAUGUACAAGUUCCUGGUAAUGCAGGCCUGAAAGAUCAAUUAUUCGCAUUACGUUGGAUUGAAGAGAACAUCGCCAACUUCAAUGGUGAUCCCAACAAUGUGACAGUAUUCGGAGAGAGUGCUGGUGCCGCUGCUACACAUCUGCUUAUGCUUACGCCGAAAGCACAGGGCCUCUUCCAUAAGGCGAUAUUGCAAUCAGGUACAGCGCUUUGCCCUUGGACCGAACAGGAACCCAAAAAUCGCGCCUACUUUCUGGCCGUCGAAUUAGGCUACAGUGGUGAAAAUAUAGAUAAAGACGUACUCUCCUUCCUGUCAAAUGUUAGCGGUUCGAAACUAAUACAAUUUUAUAAAGAGUUCAGGCAGCCACAUGAGUAUGAUGAACGUGUAUUUUUCUCUUUCACACCAGUGGUAGAACCGUACGAAAGCGAGAAUAGUUUGUUGACAAAACCAUUUAAAGAUCUACUCAUAACGACAUGGAGCAAUGAAAUCCCAAUACUGUUGGGUUUCACAGCCGACGAAGGCAUGUUGCAUUAUAAUGAAACUGUAAAAAAUCCGCAUUUAGUUAAUGACCUCGGAGAUUGUGUGGCAGUUUUGCCGAAAAUUGUGAAAAAAGAUUGUGAUAUGCAGAGCUGCACAGAACUGGGUCUACGUCUAAGGGAAGCACAUUUUGGUAAUGCGGAACCGAAUUGUAGUAAACAUCUGUAUCAAUACCUGGAGCUCUUAACUUACAGACACUUUCUCGUUGACGUACAACGUACACUCUUAGCACGUGCCGCCUACGCGUCUAAUGUGCCGACUUAUCUUUAUCGCUUUGCUUUCGAUUCACCGCAUCAAAAUCACGCUCGCACUCUGCACUGCGGGCGCUCCGCUCGUGGAGUGUGUCAUGCCGAUGAUCUCUCUUAUAUGUUCUACAAUGCGAGCUCCGAAAAAUUACCACCCACAUGUGGUGAAUUCAAAACAAUUCAACGCAUGGUUGGCAUGUGGACGGCAUUUGCCGCGACAGGUAAUCCAAACUGUACUGAAAUCGAACCGACUCAAUGGCAACCAGUCGAAGCGGAAGAUGUGCAAAAUGCGCAGCCGAAAUGCCUUAACAUAGACGAAGACCUAGAAAUGAAAUACUUACCGCACAAACAUCUGAAAACCUGGAUAAGUCUUUUUACGAAAGAGAAUUUAUUUUACAGUCCUUUUCAAUAUUUAGGCAAGGGGAAUUUUUCCUUUAUUAUCGGGGCAGUUAUGACGGGCAACUCAGCAAAUGCAGAAGUGCUGGUGGAAACAACGCUUGGCACCGUCAAAGGUAAAUGCAAUAGAUCCAUUUAUGAUGACAACUACAACAGCUUUGAGCGCAUACCCUUUGCACAGCCCCCACUGGGUCCACUACGUUUUAAGGCGCCUGUAGCCGCGACACCGUGGCAAGGUGUGUUGGAUUGUACGCAAAAAGCCGAAAAACCAUUGCAGAAAAAUGGCCGUACAAAUGAAAUCGAAGGCGACGAGGACUGUUUGUAUCUGAAUAUAUAUGCGAAGAAGCUAAAAUCAGAGAAUCCGCUGCCUGUCAUGGUCUUUCUUUACGGUGGUGGCUUUGAAAAAGGCGAUCCGACACGUGAUCUACAUGGCCCAGAUUAUUUGAUGAUGAAGGAUGUCAUUCUAGUCACAAUUGCCUACAGGCUUGGUCCAUUAGGUUUUCUCAGCUUGCACGAUCCCGCAGUUGGCACCCCGGGCAAUGCGGGUCUGAAAGAUCAACUUCUUGGCUUACAAUGGGUUAAAGAAAACAUCAAACAUUUCAAUGGCGAUUCGAAUAACAUAACUCUUUUCGGUGAGAGCGCCGGCUCUGCGUCCACACACUUUAUGAUGCUGUCACCGCUAGCGAAAGGGCUCUUUCACAAAGCUAUACUAAUGUCUGGCACCGUGCUCUGUCCAUGGGCGCUGUCACCUCUUAAGGCGUUACCAAAACGUUUAGCACAAGCUAAUGGCUACACUGGCGAUGACAAUGAUCACGAUGUACUCGAGUACUUGCAGCAGUUACCCGCUGCCGAACUGUUACGUCACAACUUACUUACCAAAGAGGAAAACUUGGAUGAUUGCUUAUUCGCAUUUGGCCCAGUAAUUGAACCGUAUUUAACAGAGACAUGUAUUAUACCGAAGCAACCGAUUGCUCUGUUUGCCGAUGCUUGGGGCAACGAUAUACCCGUUAUAAUAAGUGGUACAUCUUUUGAGGGUCUUCUCAUGUUUGCGCGCGUACAUAUGGCACCGUUUCUUUUGCACGAGUUAAACGAAAACCAGCAACAUAUGUUGCCAUUGGAGUUGAAACAAAAGCAUGACAUACAAACGCAAAGAGAAUUGGCAGCGAAAUUGCGUGAAACACAUUUUUCCGAGAGGGAAUUGCAGAUGGAACAUGUACUCAACUACUGCGAGUACGCUUCGUAUAAAGUAUUCUGGCAUCCCAUAUUGCGCACCGUCAAGGCGCGGUUGCGACAUGCACGCGCUCCCACCUACCUGUAUCGCUUCGAUUUCGACUCUCCCGACUUUAAUCACCAGCGUAUCGGCUAUUGUGGUAAAGAAGUACGCGGCGUUUCACAUGUGGAUGAUCACUCGUACUUGUUCUUUGGCGAUUUCGCGUGGAAGCUUGACAAAGACACACCUGAAUUUCGUACAAUCCAACGGAAAAUAGAUAUUUGGACUUCGUUCGCCGCAAACUCUGAUCCGAAUUGUGAUAAUCUCGGCGGCAAAAAAUGGAUGCCGUUACAAGCUGAUGGCAAGCUGCAUUGCCUAAACGUAAGUGAGGAUUUAGAAGUGAUCGAGUUGCCCGAAAUACAUAAACUACAAGUGUGGGAUAGUCUGUAUGAGGUAGCAGAAGAGUAAUGACCGUGUUGACAUAGUAUUUCUUAAAUUGUACAACAAAAAUUUUUUAAAUUCUAGAAUUUGUAAAUAUAAAAUAUGUAGGUAAGUAAAUGGUUGAGAGCAUUUUUUCAAGUAAA